GGCCUUCCUUGACAAGUAAUUUGGCACAAGUGCCUUGACCUACUAUGGCCAAAACAUGGGUCAUAUCUUAUUCAGCUAAUUCUCUCAACUACGUAGGAACAACAAUAUAUUUAUUCUUAGACCCAACAUGAACCUUCCAAUAUAUAUACCUCAUACAAUCUCCAAUAGUAGCACAACAUCAUUCUAACAUUUCAGUAAGCAAUUUGAACUGCUUGUUCCUAUUAUCACCAUGGUUGCCAACAUCCAAUUCCAUCAUAUUACUCUAGCUUUGAUCUUCUGCUCGGCAUUAUUGGCUUUUCAAGUCACAUCGCGCACUCUACAAGAUGCGAGCAUGUAUGAGAGGCACGAGCAAUGGAUGGCUCGCUACGGCAAAGUCUACAAAGACCUCCAAGAAAGGGAGAAGCGAUUCAAGAUAUUCAAGGAAAAUGUGAACUACAUUGAAGCUUCUAACAACGCCGGCGACAAAGCUUACAAGCUAGGCAUUAAUCAAUUUGCUGACCUCACAAAUGAAGAGUUCACAUCAUCCAGAAAUGGAUUCAAGAGCCACAUGAGUUCCUCAAUUGAAGGGACCACUUUUAAGUAUGCAAAUGUCACUGCAGUACCAAACACUGUGGAUUGGAGACAAAAAGGAGCAGUGACUCCCAUCAAGAACCAACAACAAUGUGGAUGUUGCUGGGCAUUUUCUGCUGUUGCAGCAACCGAGGGAAUCAACAAACUGAAGUCUGGAACUUUGAUUUCUUUAUCCGAACAAGAACUUGUGGAUUGCGACACCAAAGGUAUCGACCAAGGUUGCGAGGGUGGCCUAAUGGACGAUGCAUUCAAAUUCAUUAUUCAAAAUGGUGGACUAACGACUGAGGCCAAGUACCCUUAUAAAGGUGUUGAUGGAAAAUGCAAUACAAAAGCAUCAGCCAACCAUGCAGCUACCAUUACUGGCUACGAAGAUGUCCCCGCCAACAACGAGCAAGCACUGAAAAAUGCAGUCGCUAAUCAACCUGUUUCUGUGGCCAUUGAUGCUAGUGGCUCUGAUUUCCAGUUCUAUAAAAGCGGUGUCUUCACUGGAAGCUGUGGAACUGAGUUAGAUCAUGGUGUCACUGCUGUGGGUUAUGGAGUCAGUGACGAUGGAACAAAAUAUUGGUUAGUUAAGAACUCAUGGGGAACUGAAUGGGGCGAAGAAGGAUAUAUCAGAAUGCAAAGGGAUGUAGAUGCCACAGAAGGACUUUGCGGCAUAGCAAUGCAAGCUUCUUACCCCACUGCUUAGAAACCAAACUUGAUUCUUCUUUUCCUAUACAUACCUAAACUUUUUACUUCUACGUACAUAUAUAUAUACAUACAUACAUGUUGCAUAUAUUGUGGUUUCUUUGACCAGUUGUAACAUAUGUUCUCAACCUCUACCUGUCGAUUAUGAAAAUAUGGAGAAAAUCAUUUGGUUUCCCUAUAAAAGAUCUCCAUUUUAUAUUUAUAUUAAAAAAUUUAACACAUUAUCUACACUAAAGAUCACCAUAAGUCAAUUCAGUUAUCUAUAUGGAAUAAAGCUCUAAGAAAUUUUAUUGGACUGAUAACAUGAUACCAACGAAUAACACUCCACAUACUUGUAAACAUAACUGAUCAGCUAUUACCUAAUACGCAACAUUCCUCAUCAGCAAAAUCUUUAAAACUAGAGAGAAUUAAUACAGAUGUUCCAUACUAGCACUCGAACAAAAUCCACUCACUACUAGCAUACAGCCUAUUCUGAGCAUUCUGAAAUUGAAUCAGCUCAAGAAAAAGCAUCAACUGCUUGAUGUUCUAGUUUCCAGACUGGCGCAACUCAGGACGGACAAAAUCCGCAUCUGGUGGAACUGAAAUAUCCACAGUAGGCCUCAGUUCAGCACAUACUUCAAUGGCUCCCUGGACUGGAUCUGACAAGAAGUUGCUGAUCAGGUCCCGGUUAGUAGGCGCACCACUGUCUACUGCCACCAAGGCCUGCUGGGUUAGGAUGUAAUCGAAUCUAGGAGCCCAUUUCCUUGAACCCAACCUUGCUGUGGUUGAACAGUUAUCAACCAUGAAAGAUACACCCCGAGCAUGCAUGAAAGGGUUCGAUGAAUC